AUGUCUGAAUUAUAUGUGAAAGAGUCGACAGGUGUUGACUCUCAGGAGAUCACUGGGUCGAAAGAACAGCCUUUCAAGACCCCAGCAUUUGCCCUCUACGUGAGCCCCGAAGCCAAGUUGUUUGUCUUCAAGCCUGAGGAGGACUCCUACCAGGAAAUUUCCGCUUCUGCUUUGAAAAAGGCCAAGAAGGGUGCAGAGGGACUGAAGAAGAAGGCUGAAAAGGAAAAAAUUGCCGAAGAGCAAAAGGCUAAGAAAGAUGCCGAAGAAACCGCCAAGAGACUGGAAGCUAUGAAGAUCUCAAUUGUUGAGGAUAAGACUCUUCCAAAGGCUGAGAAGAUCAAGGUUAAAUCCGUGACUGAUUCCAUUGGAAAGAGAGUAAAGCUCCAAGGCUGGAUCCACCGUUUGCGUUCCCAGAAAGGAUUGGUGUUUGUUGUUCUGAGAGACGGUACUGGGUUCGUCCAGAUCGUCUUCAGCGGAGACCUCGCAAAUGCAUACCAAACCUCCACUUUGACAGUCGAGAGUACGAUUUCCGUUUACGGUGUUGUUGAGAAACUUCCAGAAGGAAAGAGCGCCCCAGGCGGUGUCGAGCUGGUUGCCGAUUUCUACGAGAUUGUAGGAUUGGCACCAUCAGGAAAAGAUUCUUUCACCAACCAGAUUGCCGAGGACACGGAUCCUUCCAUUUUGCUGGAUCAGCGUCACUUGGCAUUGCGUGGUGAAGUGUUGAGUUCCGUCAUGAAGGUGCGUGCCGCCCUUCUUGGUGCCGUCAGACGGGUGUAUAUCGAAGAAGGUGUCUGCGAAGUGACACCACCAUGUAUGGUGCAAACCCAGGUCGAAGGUGGUUCGACUCUGUUCAAGUUGGACUACUACGGUCAAGAGGCUUAUCUAACUCAGUCUUCUCAGUUGUACUUAGAGACAUGUCUGCCAGCAUUGGGUGAUGUCUACUGUAUUCAGGAGUCCUUCAGAGCUGAGAAGUCGCACACCAGACGUCACUUAUCUGAGUACACGCAUAUUGAAGCCGAGUUGUGUUUCAUCACCUUUGAGGAUCUGUUGAGCCACAUCGAGACUGUGAUCACCAAGACCGUCCAAUACGUGUUGGAGGAUCCCGUUGCGGGCCCACUUGUGAAGAAGCUCAACCCUGAUUUCGAGGCUCCAAAGAGUCCCUUCAAGAGAAUGGCAUACGUUGAUGCCCUGGAAUGGCUCAACGAGCAUGGCAUCCCAAACGAGGAUGGAGAGGCAUUCAAGUUCGGCGACGAUAUAGCCGAGGCUGCAGAGAGAAAGAUGACUGACACGAUAGGUGUUCCAAUUCUGCUCACCAGAUUCCCAGUCGAAAUCAAGUCUUUCUACAUGAAGAAGUGCGCCGAUGACCCAAGAGUGACAGAAUCCGUUGAUGUGCUGAUGCCCACCGUUGGAGAGAUCACCGGAGGCUCUAUGCGUCUCGAGGGUGUUGAUGAGCUAGUUGCUGGUCUCAGAAGAGAAGGAAUCGACGAGAAGGAGUAUUACUGGUUCAUCGACCAGAGGAAGUACGGUACAUCCCCUCAUGGUGGAUACGGUCUGGGAACAGAGAGAAUCCUAGCCUGGUUGUGUCAGAGAUUCACGGUGAGAGACUGCUCUCUGUACCCACGUUUCACCGGCAGAUGCAAGCCAUAA